AUGGUUAGAAUCAAAGGAGGAUCUACUAGUGCCGGACGAUCUUUUAGACUUAGAGAUGAGGACAUUGAAAUUGUGGAACCGUCUACCGAAGCACCAAAAAAGAAGAUUGUGACCCGUGGUGGUAAGGUGAAGCAAACUGCCCAAAGAAAAAAGGUUUCUCCAACUGCUGAACCAUCUGAUAUGCAGACGGAAGAGCAUAACUCUGAAGGAAACACAGUUGGUGGAAAUAAGGAACCAGACCGGGCUACCCAGGAUGAUGAAACUGUCACAAGGUCAUCUGGUAAAAGAAAAAGAACUAAUGAAGGAAACAUUGCUGAGAAUCAGCAAACACCUGAACCCUCCACCAGGAAAUCUCCAAGGACAAGGACUGAGCCUCAAAAUGUUGGGUCAUCUGCCACACAAACCUCGAAAGGGAAACGUUCUGGGAAGGAUCCAGAAACUGUGGCUGAGUCUAGAAGGAAAAACUUUCAUGAAACCUCUGUCACUCCUAGGACUCCACGUGAUCAGUCAGACUAUGUCUCUCCUUUCACCAUUCAUCCAAGAAAGUCUGCCAGCAAGAACCUUCUUGUGCCUCCAAUACCUGAAAAUAAUGAAAAUGCUAAUCAGAAAGAGCCAAGACCUGAGCCCACAGGGCCAACUACUGGUACUGAGGCCACACCAGCUUCCAGUUCUCAGCCCAAGGAUAAAGGCAAGGCUCCAGCUACUGAGGAGGCAUAUGAAGAAGACGAUGAAGAAACUGAGGAAGAAGUGGCUCCUGAACAGUUUCGUCUGGCCAGGAGGAGGCUUGGAUCAUCUAAAAUCACAAUCUAG